CUUCGUGUUUGUGUUGGUGAUGUGCAGUGUGGGAGGAGGGACAGGGAGGAAUUGAGGAGUGUUUGGAGGAGAGACAGCGGCGGCAGCAGCCAGGGAGGACUGGCAGUGUGAGGAGGACAGGCGCGUUGUUCCCCGUGUGGUGGCGGCGCUGAUUUCAUGUGGAAGAGGAAGAAAGCAGCAGUCUCCUGUUACUCUUAAACGGAUUUUAUUGAUUGUCUCUCGGCAAAAUGUGCACUCCGUGUUGUAUCUCGCAGCUGGCCUGCUGCUGCGGCUCAGCGGCCUGCUCGUGCUGCUGUAACUGCUGCCCCAAGAUCAAACAGUCCAAAGGGACCCGAAUCAUGUACGCCCUCUACUUCCUGCUGGUCACCAUCAUCUGUGUCAUCAUGAUGUCCCCCACUGUGGAGGAGCAGAUGAGAGACAAUAUCCCCUUCUACAGUGAGUUGUGUGUGAAGAUUAAUGCAGGGGAGAACUGCAAAACUCUGGUGGGCUACUCUGCCGUCUACAAGGUGUGCUUCGGCAUGGCCUGCUUCUUCUUAUUCUUCGCUAUCUUCACCAUACGCGUCAACAACAGCAGAGGCUGGAGGGCGGCCGUGCAUAACGGGUUCUGGUUGCUGAAGUUUAUUGCGCUGGUGGCGUGCUGCGCUGGAGCCUUCUUCAUCCCAGAAGAGGAAACCUUUCUGGAAGUGUGGCGCUGCAUAGGAGCAGCUGGCGGGUUCAUUUUCCUGCUGAUCCAGCUCAUGCUUUUGGUGAAGUUCGCACACAGAUGGAACACAAACUGGAGUUCAGGAGUGAGGUACAAUCGUAUGUGGUAUGCAGCUUUGGCCUUUGUGACUCUGAUGCUGUUCAGCGUUGCGGUGGGGUUCUUGGUCUUGAUGGCUGUGUUCUACACCGACCCCGAGGCCUGUUUGCUUAACAAGAUCUUCCUGGGCAUCAACGGCAGCCUGUGCCUCGUCGUCUCCCUGUUGGCCAUCUCCCCGUGCAUCCAGAAACUGCAGCCCACAUCGGGCCUGCUGCAGCCCGGAGUCAUCAGUGUGUACGUCAUGUACCUCACCUUCUCAGCCUUCUCCAGCAAACCUAAAGAAAUAUUUGAAAGAAAUGGUGUGAACACAACCGUGUGUGUGUUUCCCUUCAACGCCGAGAAUGAGAGCGACAAGAAGAUUGUCACCGCUUUUGGAACCGUUAUCCUGUUUGGUUGCGUCCUUUACUCUUGCUUGAUGUCCACCACCAGACGAAGCUCUGCAGCGCUUCAAGUGUAUAGGACCAGUGAGCCAGAGACUGAGAGAGCUCGAUGCUGUUUCUGUUUUGGAGAUGACACAGACGACUAUGAUGGGGAGAACACUGGUGGGGGCCAGAAUGUGGUGAAUGACGAGCAAGAGGGAACCAUCUAUGGCUACGCCUUCUUCCAUUCUGUCUUCUUCCUCGGAUCCCUCUACGUCAUGAUGACCGUCACCAACUGGUUCCAUUAUGACGACCAUAAGAUUGAGCGGCUGUUAGAGGGGAGCUGGUCAGUGUUCUGGAUCAAGAUGGCCUCCAGCUGGGUCUGUCUCUUCCUCUACAUGUGUACCCUCGUCGCUCCCAUGGUCUUCCCGCAGCGCUUUGAGGCCUAGGACACGCACCACUACUCUAGAGUCGGGCUACUGAGAUUCUCGGGAUGUGGCCGGGCAGAAGCUCUCACGCUGAGCCAAGGAACCAGCCCCCCCCCCCCCCCCCCCACAACCCUACACUACCCUCAGCAUUGGAAAUGGAGGAUUCUCUGUUGCCUUUUGUUUUAUAUGCUAGUGUUUUAUUUGACUUUGUUUUACAAUGUUAAUACCUUGAUGGUAAUGUUGUUAUCUUUUACUACCACUUACUCAUGGAGUUUUGUAUUACUUACAGAUUUGAAAUUGCUUAAAGAAUCAUGGGAGUUAAGUUACAUCGUGAAAUCGUAAGAAGCAUCCGGACCCUGUAGAGUCCUUCAUCAUUUCAGAUUUGAAAGUAUAUUUUGUAAGUAUUUCCUGUGCGUGUCAGUUUUUCUCGGAUUCUCGCUUUUACUCUCAGCCAGGCAUUUCCGUUCUGUACAGUUGGACCAUAAAGUUGUAGCAAAGUUUUGGAGACAAACGUAUUUCAGAUUUAAAGAAAUUGUAUUUAUUUAAGUGCGUCUUAAGUAAUCAGGAAUCAUUUUGUGAAGGAACGUGGUGUGAAAUUGAAUUGGAUUGGUCCUCGACUCUGUUUAAAAACUCAUCUCUCAGGCUCGCAUGUAAGCUGUUUAUGUUUGUGCUUUGUUAUAUUGCUCCCUUUUUGUAGAAGUUUUCUAUGCAACGGACAAGCUCUUUUCGAUAUUAUACCCAGUGUUGUGAAGUUUCCACUUAGAUUUCAACGAUUUUAUUAAUGUCCGUGCUCCCUUUGAGCCAGAUCUUUUCUUAGGAAAAUCUAUGUCAUCUGUACAACAUUUCCAGUCAUUGUUUUUGUACAGGGCAGUGCUCUUCAAAUCAACCUGCCUUACGUAAGAGUGACGUAAGUGGUGCGCCGCCUCUCUGGAAGAGCUGCCGUGACACAGCGAGGAAUGUUUGCCAAAGGUAGAUGUCAGAAAACAACCAACUACUCUAUCAGAACUGUUUGGUCAGUUAACGGAGAUAAAUAUAAGUAUACAUUAUGUAUUUGCAUGCACACACAGACACUUCAAUCAACUGUUUUCUGUACAGUUAUAAAGGCUUUUGUUACAUGUGUCCUCUCGUAAUGGUGGUCAGAUUAAGGCAGCAUUAGUGCUUUUAUUAGUGAGUUAAUCAACACUGGAUGUUGAGUUUACUGCCGAAUUACAGUUCACACAAAGACCUCCACCUGUUUGUUACAUGUGUAACGGAUUUUGUUUUUACAGUCAACUGCAAUUUGUUUGUUUCUCAUUCAUGAAUAAAUCAGUUUGUCUGAUUGUAUGACUAACAUGCUUUUUAAUAUGUACAUUUUGGCUUGAGUUCUGUGAUCUGUGGAAGGUUUCAUUCAAUUUAUGCUUUACAUACCUUUUUGUCAUGUCUCCAUUUUAACUUUUGGUAUGAAUGUAGAAAUUAAAUGGUGCUCUGUAGCUUUGAUAUAAAUCCCCCCCCCCCCCAAAAAAAAUAUAUAUCCCUAAAUCAGAUAGCAGGACCUGUGAAGGCUGUGUAUUACCAUAAGAUACAGGAACACCUUUGGACCAUGUAUGUUUGAAAUCAGAGAUGUGAUGCGUCAUGCAGUUCAUUGUUCACACGCUUUCAAUAAAGCCUCCAUUGAAUGCCA